UACCAGAAUGUAAACAGAGCUGGGUCGAGAGAGCGUGCGCCUUGCACACUCCCGGCACAGUUACCAGGAAAGCUCCCAAAUCUCUACUUGAGAUCUGGAACCUUCAGAUCAUGUGUCCAAUGUGACAGCCAGGGGCGGACUGACAACUCAUGGGGCCCCCGGGCAAUAGGGGAUCAUGGGGCCCCUGUGCCCUUGCCCAAACUCAAAAAAGCCUAUGAAAAAGGUACCAGGGGCAUCUCAUGGGGCCCCCUACUGACCCCCCGCGCCCUCGGGCAGUGCCCGAGUUUCCAAAUGGUCAGUCCGCCCCUG